AUGGCAUUGCUGUUGCAUGGAGCAGUUAAUGGCUCUGGACAGGACGAUAGAGAAAGAUACACAGCAUCAUUCUUUGCACUACAUGACGGUCUUGACAAUGCACGUCUAUCUCGCAAAGUACUGUCUCUUGCAGCACUAUCACUGGUCCUCACCACCUCGGAGGAACAGCCGGAUAUACAACGUGAUGCUGCUGUUUCCCAUGCUCUACGCGGAUAUAAGACGGAGAAUGAUGCAGACCACCGAGUUCCUGGUAUGAGUGAUGGACGACCCGAGACUCAAUGGGCUGCAUCUCCUGCUGCAUCUCAUGAAUCAGUUACUUUUCAAUGCGAUGGGCUGCGAUGCAAGGUGCAUGCGUCUUUGAGUAGGUCAUCUCGCGGUAAUUCAUCGACUCCUCUGCCCAUCAGAUGUCCAGGCCUCUUGCUAACGGCUUCUCUAUCUCGGGCAACAAGCAAACGAAAGGGGUAUCUAUCUGCUUGUGAAGGCUGCUCAUUGUCGAGGAUUCAUCUCCUGAACAUCCUCUUGGACCAUGGUUGUGACUUUGACUGUGAAAAACUCCCACCUCAGCAACACGCCACCCAAGGGGCAUCCAAAUCUGAUCCGAUGCUCGAACAACGCUGGCUCUCGACUUCUCCCUCCCAUCGUCGACUGUCUGUCUGCUGUCUGUCUACUACUGCUGUCGACUUCAUCCUCCGCCCGCCCGGCAUCUCGAGUUUCAUCUUCGUCAGCUUAGAGUGGCGAGCCAAGCUUUUUUCCCUUGCCGAGCCGUAG